AUGGCAUCGCACGAUCACGACCGCAAUGGCCAAUCUGGAUCUCUUUCUACGUCUUCAGACAUAACUCCAGAGUCAGCAGCGCAGACGCAUCCUCCCAGGCGGCAAUCUAGCAUUCGCUUUUCGGAGAGCACCAAGGCGCAUUCCCGAGCCCCCAUGUCGUCCUAUCGUCGAACACCCAGCGAGUCGGACGAGAUCACUCCUAUCCGAACGGCAGACGGACAGUCAGACCGUCGGUAUAACACUACUGAGGACGGGACUCACCAAAGCACUCUCGGGUCUUCAACGCUGGGUUCGUCGACCCUUGCAGGCUCAGGUCAGGAAGAGGAACAAGAUGGUGGGCAGAAAAAAGAAUCUAAAUUUUCCUGGAUACCACAAUGGCUCAAGAAGAUUCCUGAAAAAUAUGGUUCAGUCACCCUGGAGAACAAGGGAUCUGUGGCCCGGGAUCACCUUGCUCUAGAGAGAACCUUCCUCGCCUGGCUGAGGACCAGCCUGGCAUUUGCAAGCAUUGGCAUUGCUAUCACUCAGCUCUUUCGCCUAAACACCACGAUCCAAAGUCGCAGCGAGUCUCUCAGUACGCGAGAGACAAUACCCCUUUCACCUUUUGUUGGACAUUCGAUGCCGGCUGAGCUACUGCCACUUCUGCAACAAUUCGCCGCAUCAGCUGCUGGAACGCCACCUACGACACCUACUCUAGGCCCUACCCUCCUCGACCAACUACUUCUCCUUCCGCCGCGUGAUGUCAGCGACCCUGGUACCUCUCAUGACUACUCGGGCGACAACAACGUCGAAAUCGCUGCGUUCAACGAUGUCGCUGCCACAAAACUGCGCCACGUUGGCAAGCCGCUUGGAGCAACCUUCAUUGCCAUCUCGAUUGUCAUUUUGUUCAUCGGCUUCCACCGCUACUUCGAGGCCCAGUACUGGAUCAUCCGCGGCAAGUUUCCCGCAAGUCGGGGCAGCAUCUUCACCGUGUCGUUUAUUACGGGAUCCCUUAUUAUCGCGAGCUUUGUCGUGGUGCUCGCUAUAUCCUCGACUAGUUAUGAGAAGAAAAAGUAA